CAAAAAUGCCACUAUGCUGGAGAACGAUUAGUCCAUUUGAAGUUCCGUUACCACAUCCAAGAGACAAUUUGCUGAUUGCUUCCUGAAAAAAAGUCCAGUUCCCAGGACUGCAUUGGAGACGCUGAAGCAGGCGGUCCUUCCCAUCUGAACGCCGUGACUUCGUGGGCUGUGAUGUCAGCUGGCCAUGUCCCGGCGAAGUAUGAGGUUACUGACGAGCGGUUAUUACCGUGACGAUGGCGAAAUGAACGACGAGAGCAGCAGCUCACACCAUGUGUCUUACCGAGAGAGCCCUGUCAGGGUGUUUCAGAGGAGGACCGGCUCUCGGAAGCAGACUCUGUCCCGUACCGGGUCACAGGUGUCCACUCCCGCCCUCUCCCGUACCGGGUCUCAAGAGGCAGCACCCAGCCUCUCCUUCAGCUCUCUGCCUUCUGAUGUGCUUUCUGCCCUGAGGGCGUCCACUCAGAGACAGAGCCAGCACGUUAGCCCCGCCUCCCGCUUCAGCGCGCCCUCAACAGCGCGCCCCCUGCUGGAGCAGUCGUGCACAACCUCUGGAUACUCGUCCUCAGAGGGGGGUGAGGCUGCCUGGGCCCCCAAGAGGAGCAGGCUUCUGAGCAGGAGCCAGCGCAACAGUUCUUCUAGGAUGUUCUCUGGUGAUGCUGAGUCUGUGGACACAAGUUUUAUACGAGUGCUGUUGGCUGGUCUUGCCCUGCUCUGCUGCAACCUCUUUGGCCUCCUCAGGGAUGUGCUGCUUCUCAGCAGUUGUGGCCAGCUCUUGAGGAAGCCUGCACUGACUGUUUUGACUCUGACCCUUAUUGCUACUGGUUUCUGGCUUUGGUACCCUGCUCCCACGUCUGUCCUGAAUGUUGCUGAACCUGCCUGGGCUGGAUACAGCACAACUGUCCUCGGCAUCAACACGGACUCAAGGAUUGUGACGGAUUUCAACGUCUUCCGCAAGGAAGUCCUGGACCGCAUCAACCAAGGAGAGGCCAAAUGGAAGGACAGCUGGACUCGAGAACUGGACGAUGUUAAGCGAGAGAUCGGCCGUCUGCAGAAGGAUGCAGAGAGACACAGACACAUGUCAGAGAUGCUGACUGCAGACAUCACUCAUUUUAAGGACGCGGCAACAAACAACAACCUUGACCAGCAGGCUUGGGUGACUGAAGAGGUCACUGGUGUGGCCAACAAGGUCGCUGAUCUCAAGGACAGUGUGUCGUACCUCAGAACUGUCCAGCGCAACUUGGAACAACGAUUGGGUGCCCAAGAAUACACCAAUGAUCAGCUGAAGAAGGAGCUCACUGAUUGGCUGAAGAGAGAGCUGCGGGCGGGACUUGGUCACGGUACAGGAAGCGUUGUUCUUCGUCCUGAACUGCAGGAGGCGCUGGAGGCCCUGGAGAAGAGGCUGCUCCAGAGCGUGACUGAAGUAGCACAAAAGGAACACAGUGACCUGUGGGGGACUGUGGGAGAGAGCCUGCAGAGGGAAGGACUUGGUGCCAUCACGGUCAAGGAUGUCCAUGAGAUUGUUCAGAGAGCAUUGAGCCUCUAUAAAGCAGAUGGAACUGGCAUGGCUGAUUACGCUCUGGAGUCUUUAGGUGCUGGUGUGAUUGGGUCCCAGUGCUCAGAAACAUACCGCACCAGGUCUCCUUGUUACAGCCUGUUUGGGGUGCCACUGUGGUAUGCUUCAGAGAGUCCACGUACUGUUAUACAGCCUGAGAUGCAUCCUGGGAAGUGCUGGGCGUUUAAAGGCAGUGAGGGGUUCCUCACCAUCGCCCUGUCCCUCCCCGUGCGCGUCACACACGUCACCUUGGAGCACAUCCCCAAGAGCCUCUCCCCCACCGGCCGCAUCGACAGCGCCCCGCGAGAGUUCGCCGUUUACGGCCUGAGUGGCUUUGAUAAUCAGGAGGAAGGGGAGUUCCUGGGUAGAUUCACGUAUGACUCUGAUGGCGAGCCCAUCCAGACCUUUGAGCUGCCGGAAUCUGUGAAGGAUGUGUAUCGUGCGGUGCAGUUGAGGGUUCUCAGUAACUGGGGUAACCCUGAGUACUCCUGCGUCUACAGAUUCAGAGUUCACGGCCAGCCACUGCCCCACUGAGAGAGACACACAACCUCAGCAAAGACUUUAUUUUCAUCAGCCUAUUACUUUAUUUUCUAUAAUGAUAUAUUUGCUUUCAAGCCAAAAUUACAAUGUUUCAAGUGAUUUAUGUAUGAUUGGUG